UCGUCUUCUUCUUCUUCUUCUUUUUCUUGGUCUAGCAUCUCAACAUCGGCCAGUGCUAUGCAUCGUGGACGAGAAAAGCAGGCCCUACUCGAAAUCUACACAGGAACAAAGCUGUGAACGGUUCCGCAUUGCUUUCAAAUUCGCUAGUUAACCAACGCCUGCCAGAGCUUGUUUAACAAGGUAAACUCGUCACAGGCCUGGAGCAACUCCCCGCUUUUUCCCACCAGGCAGCCCAUCUCCCUCUGCAGUUCCAUCGACCGUCCGUCUCGCAGCCAUUAGGACGCUGAAACAGCUUUGAGAAUAACGCACUGCCUGGCUGUGCCUCCUCCUUAUCACUCCGGCUCAUCCGUUAGCUAACUUGGUGGGCGCCGUGGAAGUGCCUGCUGCUUGUCUUCCCAAUGGCCGGCAACAGCGGGGAGUUACAGCAAGCCGUUGACGGCAUAGACGGUGCCAUGGCGAGUUCGGCACAAGAGUCCUACUCGUUUCCUAACGACAGACUAAAGAAGGUCAUGGAUGAUCCGUCAAAGACUCCCUUGCUACUCGUUGCCUGUGGCUCAUUUUCGCCCAUUACCUAUUUGCAUCUACGUAUGUUCGAGAUGGCGGCAGACUUUGUCAAAUUCAGCACCAAGUUCGAGCUCAUCGGAGGCUAUCUGUCUCCUGUAUCAGACGCAUACAGGAAGGCUGGUCUUGCCUCUGCAUCACACAGGAUAAACAUGUGCCGAUUGGCCGUGGACAAAACCUCAGACUGGUUGAUGGUCGAUCCCUGGGAAGCUAUGCAGAAAGAAUACAGCCCAACCGCAAAGGUUUUAGACCAUGUUGAUAAGAUCAUCAAUCAUGACUAUGGCGGUAUAGACAUCGGAGAUGGCACGAAGAGACCAGUGAGGAUAGCGCUACUUGCAGGAGCUGAUCUGAUCCAUACCAUGUCGACACCAGGAGUUUGGAGUGAGCAAGAUUUGGAUCACAUUCUUGGGAAAUACGGGACAUUUAUUGUCGAACGUAGCGGUACCGAUAUCGAUGAAGCCAUUGCUGGCCUGCAGCCAUGGAAAGAAAACAUUUAUGUCAUUCAACAACUCAUUCAAAAUGAUGUUAGCAGCACCAAGAUCAGACUAUUCCUUCGACGAGAGAUGAGUGUUCGCUAUCUAAUUCCGCGCCCUGUGAUCGACUACAUUGAAAAGCACCAUCUCUACGAAGACGAGGGUAAUAGCGCUUCAUGCUCAAAUAUCCAGGAGAAAGGGAAAGGGAAGAGUACCCCAGCCAGCUAGAGUUGUUUUCUUUGCUUCUCUUCGCUUAAAAUGCAAGCUCGGGCUAUGAAGGCUCCUGAGCUUCGUGCUUUGACCAUUUUAUCAGUUAGACUGCUGUAUCAAUCUGGGAAUUCUGCCACAAGGCAUUUGUGGUCGUUGGAUAAAGGCUUCCUUACUACUUUAGAAGUGAUUUGAUACCCGUUGCGGUAGAUUGGGUUGCCCCUUACCUUCAUACUGUUCAAUUUCCUUUCAUUGCCUUAACAACCAGGUGCUUCUACAACACUCGCAACAACUAUUGACCGAUAUAUAUUUAGGCUGCUGCCUCAAACUCAUCCACGGAAAACAAGGGGAAAAGAAUGGCACUCUUGGUAUGGAAGUCGUUCUGACCCACAGCCACUUGUUUGAGCGGUUGGUGGCCUGGAUGAACCGCCCUGACAGGCUUGACGAGAUGGAGAUGAAUAGUAACGGGCCUCCUCUUUCAUCCUCAGGGAGUCGCCGACCCAUCGCGUGGUCUCAUGUUGGUCUUCUGGGGAGUGAUUGUUUUGCUCCAUAUACUACUGCAACGGUCUAGCUAGAAUACCGUUCCUGCCAAAGAAUUUUGUACUACCGAGCAAGUACUUGCACUUCAGCUCUGUGUUUUAGUAGCUAAUGGAUUUCUCUUCAACUUCAUUACGCCAUUCAAUAAUGUUUUCUCUCUGCGCUGCCUAACGUUCAUUAUCGGCUUUCGUCUGCUUUCGGAGUCACAACUGAGGGCUG